GCAUGUGCAGAGCUGGUCUCGGUGGGAGAGAGCCUUCAACCGCCAUUUGGUUUGUGAGGAGCCGACUGUGAGGGAGAGACAGCAGCUCCAACCGUCCGCCCCGGGAGAAAAUUACACACCGGAGGGGGGAGGGGGGUGGGAGUUUAUCACACGACAGUACAUACAUAAAGCAGUUCUGGCCAUGGAUAAGAACGAGCUGGUGCAGAAAGCUAAGCUUUCGGAGCAAGCGGAACGCUAUGAGGACAUGGCGGCCGCGAUGAAGGCGGUCACCGAGUGGGGCGAAGAGCUGUCAAACGAGGAGCGGAACCUGCUGUCGGUCGCCUACAAGAACGUGGUGGGGGCCCGCCGCUCGGCCUGGAGGGUCAUCUCCAGCAUCGAGCAGAAAACCGGCGAGGGCGGCGGCAGCGAGAAGAAGCUGCAUAUGGUGAAGGAGUACCGGGAGAAGGUGGAGGUUGAGCUCAGGGAGAUCUGCAAUGAUGUCCUGUAUUUGCUGGAUAAAUAUCUAAUACCAACUUCGACCAAUUCAGAGAGCAAAGUCUUCUACCUUAAGAUGAAAGGAGAUUAUUACCGAUAUCUUGCAGAAGUAGCUGCAGCUGAAAGCAAAAAACAAACUGUUGAGAAUUCCCAGACAUCAUAUCAAGAAGCAUUUGAUAUCAGUAAGACAGACAUGCAGCCAACACAACCUAUCCGAUUAGGUCUUGCCCUGAACUUUUCAGUAUUCUACUAUGAAAUUCUCAACUCUCCAGAGCAAGCCUGCGCACUGGCCAAGGCGGCAUUCGAUGAAGCUAUUGCAGAGCUGGAUUCACUGAAUGAAGAUUCCUACAAAGAUAGUACACUCAUUAUGCAACUACUCAGAGAUAACCUGACGUUAUGGACCUCGGAUAAUGCGGCAGAUGAUGCUGAUGGUGGAGAGGGGGGAGAGAACUAAAUGCACGGAAGGAGCUGCUGUCCAAUCCUCUUUUACAUGUCUUCAUUCUUUAGUGUUCUACUGACAAUUCCAAGAAAGGAAUUUCUCAAUCACCAAUACUGAAUAGAUGCACAUGUGAAUGCCACAAUUUAGCCUAUGAAAAUCUGCAGCUUGGAACAAAUGCCAUUCCUUAGCUUUCUUUUGCUAAUUGUUCUGACUUUGUAGUGUGCAGUUGGGCACCUGCUACACAAACAGCAGAGAUUAAAUUUGCGGCGUAUUUGUGAAUAAGUUGAUGUAGGUCCUUUUUGGUUUGCAAAGGAAAUUUGAUUGCCAAGCGCAGCUAUUUUUAAUGAAUGGAGACUGGAAAAUUACUAAAAUCCAAAACACAGAAUAGAAAGUGUUUGAAGAGCACUUUAAAUAUGGCCAUUGAUUCUUAAAGACUAUUGCUUGAGAUUUUAGGUUUGGAAUGUGCAUACUUUGGUACACACCAGAGAGUGUAUGCCAGAUAUAAGCACAUUGUUAUUCGAAAGUUGUGUAUUCAGCUUUAGUGUCAUGGUCCUGAAGGUGGAUCAAUAUUUAUUAAAACAAGGUUUUCGGAGCUGCUUGGCAAUCUAGCAAUUUACGUUGUGUUCUGAGCUGGCUGAUCAAGAUUCAAGUCUCAGAGCUGUCUGAUGUUCUGAACCCAUUGCAUAAUGAGUUUCCUCUAUUGCUCAGAUGCCUUGCUGAAAUCCCAUUAUAGUCAAUUUUGUACUGCUUUUCAUUCCUACUAACAGGAAGUUGCAUGGCAGCUACUUGUCUUGUUUUUUGUUGGGUUGGGUUGGGUGGGAUGGGGGUAGAAAAACAGGAAAUUUUGUUUAAAAGCUGUGCAUUAAAAGAAAGUCUCAACGACAACAGAAUUAUAAAUAACUCCACCCCUCUGCUUUCUGGUAAUAAUGGACAUUAUAAUCCUAAGUAUGUAGCUUAGUGAUCUUUCCUAACUCUGCUGAAUUGAUUUCUAUGCCCAUUCUUAAACCAGUCAAACUGUAAGAUUUGUGACCCAAUUUCCAUCUCUACCAAAUCAGUCACCCUUGUACUCCAGUUUUUUUUCUUCAGAAAACCUGACCAGUUUAGAACUAGGAAGAUAGACUAGAUUGGAAAAAGUAAUGCAAGAAAGAAAUGCAGUUUCAGCUAGGUUAAUAAAAGGGAGAAAUUACUGUUGGUACAGAAUACCUGACUCUCAAUCUGUGGUGUUUUGGUAAAAAUGCAAAAUGUUAACGGAACUAUUUCCUAUAGCUUAUAGUAGUUUGGUAUAUUUCUUAUUGGCUCAUGCAGUGUUAGAUGCUCUGUGCCCUUUAUUUUAAAAUGUAAUUUGUUUUAUUAGUUAUUGAUUCAGUUCAAUCUAUAAAGUGCUGUUAUUUUCUACUAUGAAAUAUUUUUGAGGUGAAAACUGACUUAAAUUGGAUUAAAAUAAGUUGAAGGGACCUAGGACAUGUCAGAUUUGACUGUAGUUUUGUCAUCGUGGAAAUAUUGGCAGUAUUUAAUCCAGCACUGCUGUGUUUUAAUAUAUACAUACAUAUGUAUAUGUACGUAAAAUUUUAAUGAAGGAAUUACCCUAUUUUGGUUUUAAAGUUUGAAGCUGGUAACUGAAAGUAAUAUGCAAUGCCAAUAAAACAUUCUUCACAAAUUGA